AUCGCGAUCAAUCGUGUUUUUUUUAUGAAUGAAUUUUAAUGGUGGACAGAAAAAUUUAAUGUGAUUGAGAAAAAAAAACAAACCGUCGACAAAAUGAGAAUACUUCGUUCCCAAUAUUUGCAACUUCAAAAGAAUGCAAAUAAUACAACAAAAACUACUUCGUAUCAUCAAACGCAGAUAACCAGCCGACCAGUUCCAUGCACAAGAAGCCAAAAGAUCUAUGAUCUUCGUAGUAGAGAUCAUGGAGGAAAAAUAUUGAGCAGACUUAAUAACGAUAAGAUUAAUAAAAAUUCCACAGCCAGUGCACGUGGUUCCUUACGACAGGCCUUGGUACGGACCGAAAGUGUUAGAAAUGUUACAUAUCGCCAUUAUUCCAGCGACUCAGAGAGUUCCAGUUCCUCAUCUACCACAGAUUCCUCAAAAACCUCAUCCUCCUCGACAUCUGAGUCCUCCUCUACCAGUUCCACCUCCACAUCCAAAACCGUAAUAUCCAAAACCAAUUCCUCGGGUUAUGACACUUUAAAUCAUAGCAGACAACAUGAUAUAAACCAUAGACAAAAUCAAGUGUCCUUGGUUGGUAAUGCCAAGGCUAAUGGUAUGCAAGCUACCUAUGUCAAAAGCAUGGUUGAGCAAUACAAUCACAUGCGCAUACGAUUUCUUAAUGUUCCACGUAAAGUGGGAAAAAUCAAUGUCACCGUUGAAUUUAAAGAUAUGGGACCAAAGUGGUUAAGUGCCCUAUACCAUCAGUAUGAGAACGACUUGUGGGCCAAAGAGCCAAGAGAAAAAUCAAGAACGGGCAAAAAUCGUUGGUAUUUUACUUGUAAACUGUGUCAAAGAAGCUUAUGCUCAUUUCCUUCCUUAAAGAGUCAUAUCAAUUCGCAUUUAGAGUUGUACCCGUAUGUUUGCAAAUUUUGCGCUAAAUCUUACACCAAUCGUAGCUCUAUUGUGACCCAUUUGAAAAGUAAACAUGAAAUCUAUGCAAAUUUUCAACUAUUUUUGGGACAAUAAUUGAAGUUUGACAAUGUCGAUGAUGAACGAAGAAGUUAUUGUUCCUUAUAAUUUUUAUCACAUUUAAGCCUGUUGAUCAGGUAUAUCGAAGAGUUAGAAACAUGUUUAUAAAUACCUGUUUACGUUAAAAACUUUACACGGACUAUAUUAUUUAAUUUUUGUAUAUUUUUGUGUUACUUUUUUUAUUAUUUUACACAGUUGACAUUAUUUUUUCUUUUUAAAUUGAACACUUUUUUGAGAAAAAUUGUACGAAGAUCUUUUAAAAUUAUUAU